GAAACGACAAGCGGUAAGCGAAAGCAGAAGCGGAAGCGUUUUCAAAAUGGUGGGGUUGUUAAAGUGUGUCCGUACACCAUGAUCACUAUUAGUAGAGCUUCUUCAUUCUUUUUCCCAAUUCUCCUCCGAAACCGCAACACAGUGAAAAACCCUACAAGAAUCUAUUUUCCACCGUCCGUACAAAUGUCGUCAUCUUCUUGGGCCUGCAAGAAAUGCACCUUCCGCAAUCCCCCAUCUCAGAGAUCGACCUGCGAAAUCUGCUCGUCACCAUCAUCGCCACCACCACCGUCGCUGCAUUCCCUCUCUCCAUCUUCUUGUUCUUCUUCUUCGUCUUCUGCUUCGGCACCGAAAUGGUCGUGCAAAGCUUGCACUUUCUUGAACUCCUACAAGAACAGCAACUGCGAAGUCUGCGACACCAGGGCCCCCGUUUCGUCCCUAUCCAGCUUCGACGAUUUGAACGAUACUACUGUUCCGGAUGCCGACCUGGAUUCUUCACUGGGAUCUGUGUUUUGGCCGUUGCAGCCUUGCAAGAAGAGGAGAGUUCCAGACUCUGUGCUGAUCCAUCGGGAUUCUACCCAUUUGGGCGGGUUUCGUGGGGCUAAGGACUCUGAUAAGUCGGCGACUGUAUUCGAGAAUGCUGAUUCUGGCGUGGGUUUGAAUACGUUGAAGAUUUUGAGCUACAAUGUUUGGUUUCGAGAAGACCUAGAGCUGCACAAGAGAAUGAAAGCUCUUGGAGACAUAGUCCGAGAGCAUUCCCCUGAUAUCAUUUGCUUUCAGGAGGUUACCCCGAACAUAUAUGAUAUCUUUAGACAAUCUAGCUGGUGGAAAAUAUAUCGUUGCUCUGUUUCAAAUGAGAUGGCAGUUUCAAGACCAUACUUUUGCAUGCAGUUAAGCAAACUGCCAGUAAAAUCAUUCAGCUGUAAACCGUUUGGCAAUUCUGUAAUGGGAAGAGAACUUUGUGUUGCUGAAAUUGAAGUCCAGAAGAAGAAGUCAUUGGUUGUUGCCACAAGCCAUCUGGAGAGUCCAUGUCCUGAACCUCCAAAAUGGAACCAGAUGUACAGCAAGGAACGUGUAGAUCAGGCAAGGGAGGCUCUCAACUUUCUCAAGGAGAACCAAAAUGUGAUUUUUGCAGGUGACAUGAAUUGGGAUGACAAGUUGGAUGGACGGUUUCCUUUGCCUGACGGAUGGGUGGAUGCUUGGGUAGAGUUGAGGCCAGGGGAAAAUGGAUGGACAUAUGAUACCAAGUCUAACCUGAUGUUGUCUGGAAACCGUACAUUGCAGAAGCGACUGGAUCGUUUUGUUUGCAAUAUGCAUGAUUUUGAGAUUAGUGGAAUUGAAAUGAUUGGUAUGGAUGCAAUUCCAGGUGUAUCAUACAUUAAAGAGAAAAAAGUGAAGAAUGAGAUCAAGAAGUUGGAUCUUCCUGUUUUGCCUAGUGAUCAUUAUGGCUUGCUUUUGACAAUCUGCAGCCAGUGAAGGACUUUAUGCUUGUUCCUUGAUCAUUUUUGUGCAGUGAUGCUUGUUCCUUGAUCAUUUUGUGCAGUGCUUCCAUGCAUCUUAUUUGGUGCAGUUUUGUAUAGAUUACAAGUGAGACAAUGUAAUGUGGAAGCAUUUUUGUAUGAAACUUCCUAAAGAUAAUGUGCACUUUUCAGACUUUUCUGCUAA